AUGCCAUCUUUUUGUGCUGCAGUUGGUUGUUCCAGCAGUUCUGACAAGGAUAUUUGCAAAGAAAAUAAAGUGUCUUUUCACGGAUUUCCUUUGAAGAACGAGAAAUUGCUUCGGGAGUGGAUGAUGAAGAUGCGAAGUGAAUCUGUAACUUCGAAAGCAGUUGCAGAUAAUGAUAGCCAGCAAGAUAAGGAGGUUCAAACUGAUAGUGAUGUUGUGGCAUACUUGCUGGAACAGCUGAGCCUUAAAGAUCAGCAGAUAAGCCUACUACAAAGUAAGCUGUUUUCACUGAAGAAGGUGAAAUUGAAUAAGAAUGCAUUUUUGUCUAUUACAGGUUUCACUGUAGAGACAUUUGAUAUAGUAUUCGAAUUCUUGAAUUUAGAUUUGGUAAACAGAGGAUUAACACCGGAAGAGCAAUUUUUUAUGUUUCUGGUGCGAGUGCGAUGUGGCUGCACUCUAGAUUUUCUUUGCGAGCAAUUCUGCCUCACAAAGUCUUCAGUUUCAAGAAUGCUAAGUGCAGUCAUCGAUUCAGUCUACACUAAAGUAAAAGAUAUAGAUAUCUGGCUCUCAAAAAAGCAAGUUCAAGAGUUCAUGCCAGAGGCUUUUGCCUUAAAAUAUCCAAAUUGUAGGGCAAUUCUGGAUUGCACUGAAUUUGCGAUACAAAUACCCUCCAAUCCUCGUGUUCAGCAGCUAACUUUUAGCUAUUAUAAAAAUAGAAACACCGUAAAGGCAUUGAUUGCCAUUACACCUUCUGAAGCUUUAUCAUAUAUAUCAGACCUGUGGUGUGGAAAGAUUUCGGACAAGCAACUUUUCUCAGAAAGUGGACUGUUGCAGCAUAUUCAAAAUGAUGAUAUCCUUGCUGACCGAGGAUUUUUAAUUGCAGCAGAGUUGGCUGCAAAGAACUGCAGAUUAAUAAUGCCUCACUUCUUGAAGCAAAAGAUCCAAUUCACAGUAACAGAAAGGAAUCAAAACCAACAAGUAUCUAAUUUACGUGUCCAUGUUGAGCGGGCCAUCUCACGCAUAAAAAAAUAUCAAUAUUUCCGAGGUCCUAUCCCUAGGCAGUGUUUUGGAGAAGUGAACAAAGUUUUUUACAUUUUGGCAUUUUUUACAAAUUUUUCUAAUCCCCUUAUUAAAAUUGAAUAA